UGGAGCGCUGGGUCUCACCUGUGAAACGGCAGCAACAGAAAGUUUGACGAUCCGGCGGGAGUCUGCUAAAUCAGUGCUAACUGAUGACUGCUAAUGGAAGAUCUCGUGGCAUAUGUGGGAAAAAGCUAACUGAUGAUGGAUCUAUUCCGCAGAGGAGAGCUGGGGCUGCUGGGAGGAGGGGAGGGGCUGAGAGAUGAUGUGGGCAUUUCCGGGAUCAGCUGGUCGUCCAAUCGGCUGCCAGAGGACAUGUACCCAGCGUCAGGAUUGGCCCUGGCUGCUGCCUAUCAUGAUAUUAAGACCCGGCUGGCAAGUCUGGAGAGGGAGAACAGCAGCAUCAAGAGGAAGCUCAAACACUACGAGGUCAAGUUUCCUAUGAUCAGUGAAUUUGGAGAGGAGAGGGUACUGUGCUGUUCCUGUGAGCCCAUCAUCAACGAUACCAGUGUAAUCCAAUCAGAGACUACCAACCUACAGCAGAGGAUCAACUCUCUCACUCAGGAGCUCCAGAAGAGUAAGGAAAGAGAGGAGAGGUUGGAGGAAGUCAUCCAGGCUUAUGAGAAGAUUCACUUGGAGAAAAGCAAUGUCCAGAGAGACCUAGACAAGAUGACGACUCUCGCAGAGCAGCACGUGGAGCAGAUCUGCAGUCUGGAGUCGGCUCUCAGACAGAGAGAAACUUCCCUUCAGAAACUCAGCGUUCAGCUCCGCAGCAAAGACGCACAUCAGUCGAAACUCCACGGCAGCCUGGACGUACCCAGAGAGGGCCGCGGGCCGACGCUGCAGAGCUCCCGCAGUCUGGACGCCCUGUCCGACUUGAAGCUGCAGCGCCUGGAGGCCGAGCUGGACGGGGCGCGGCACCAGGCCGAGGGAGCCUGUCACAGGGAGAAAGAGCUGAGGGCCGAGUUUCAGAUCCUGCAGCAGGAGGUCGCUCAGCUACAGGAAGCACAGAGACAGUCACAGGAGUUCCCACACUGUGAGCACUGUGAUGUAGAGUGGAUAAAGAAAGCCGGGGACGAACAGGUUAACCUAGCAUUAGCCUACACUGAGCUGACAGAGGAGUUGGGUCGUGUUCGCAAUCUGGCUGUGAAACAGAGUGACCUUCUGCGACAUGUCUCACAGGAGCCUGUUUCUCGUCCUUCCCCUGCUCCUCAGCGUCUCUCCCCCACCUCCCCCCAGCGCCCCUCACUCUCCCAUGACAGGCUCCUCCCCACCCCCUCUCCUCCUCUUUCCCCAACUGACGGCCCCGCCUCCUACUCCCAUCAGCCAACGUGCAGCCGUCUACGGGCAAAGUUCCAGGGCCGCCGUAGUUACUCUGAGGUGUCUGACCCGUCGGGCCUCCGCAGGCCUCUAGCUCGGCUGAUGAGAGAUCCAGUAUCCACCCUCCCCAAGCCCAGGCCUCUCCUGGGGGAGAAGCAGGGUUUUGGCCAAACCAAACCUCAGCUCCGUACUUCCUUUGUGGGCCUGGUCAGACCGGCCUCGGCUCACGGACCCGGAGGGGAGAGGGGAGUAGGUGGGGGAGGAGAGAGAGGAGGAGGUAGCAGUCUGAGCAGCAGUCCUCAUCACUGUGCUCUGGACCUGGGCUUCCCUCUGGCUGCUGAGGUCCAUCACUUCUGUCGCCAUGACAACCCGCCUGAGCCCAGCCCACUGGUAACGCCACCACAGUCCUCUGAUGAUGAAGAGGAUGUAUGUACUUAUCUCUCGCCGGCUGCCAGCCCGCCUCGGACGCUCGGCGCAAUUGGGAUUGGUUCAUCGUCGCCUAGGGAACAGCCCCUACACCCCUCAUUCUCAUCUCCUAGGAAACGGCCCCACCAUCCCUCCUUCUCGUCCCCUGAGGGUCCUGCCACCCUCUCCUGCCAUCUGCCUCCCUACAUAAACACUGAGCAUGCUCAGUCAUGGCCCUCCAUUAACUUAUGGAUGGAGUCAGAAGAAAGUGCUGUUCGGAGCUGUCCUCUGUGUCAGCUGACCUUCCCAACUGGUUACCCCGAUGACGCCCUCAUCAAACACAUCGACUCCCACUUGGAGAACAGCAAGAUCUGACUUUAUUAUCAAGCAUUUUACAGCCAUCGUCACCUGAGAUGGACACCAGGCCCAUCUUGAUUGCUUUCUAUUUAGUUGUUUUAAUCCAGGAAUGUUUUGAUGAGCCUGCAUGCUUCUUUCCAUGGAACUUGCUCAGUAUAGCCGGGGUCUUCUGGUACAGAGUUACAUGCCUUGCUCAAGGGACACUUUCCUCUGCCCUUCUAUACAGAGUGUGGACUCUAGCCAGCAUCCUUCCAGUUACAGAACAAGUUUGAUUUCCAGGUUUUGAAUCUAUGUAUUUGGAUUUACGUACAUUACCCAACAUCUCCCACAAGCCCCAUAUCAACAACUUUGUAUCAAAUGGUGUUUUCUUUUCUUUCACAACCAAACAUAGACCCGGGUGCUAAAGAAAUAGCAGAUGCAGAAAAGACAAUCGUGCUGUCGCUCUCAGCUACACUGACACAGACAGGAGCUGUUGAAGCUCCAUUGUUAAUGUCACGUGCAGAUCUGAGAGCUGGACGUCAGGAGACGAGCUGGAAACAUGUGACACAUGCAAUGUCAGAAGCACCUGCUGUUUUCAUGUCCCGACAUGCAUCAAACCACCCGGACGUCACCGCUCUCUUGUUGGUUUAUUGGGAUCGAAAAUGAUUUUUUUCAAAAGAUUUAUGGACCUGUUGUGAGGUAAAAUGAUUCAGAGGUUAAAAAGAGUCUGCAGAAGUAACUUAGUUAGUAACUCACCCUUGUUUGGAAGUGAUAAGAAAAUGAUCACUGCAGAACAAGUCAUAGUUAAAAGAUAGUUACAGAAGAAGUCAGAACGAUGAUGACAGAGAAAGAGCUCCAAAACAAACUGUAAACUCCAGAGUGUGAAAUGCUCCGACAGUAAAAGGCAGCUCCUGCUGUGCUGAUCAAAGUGCCUUCGUUAAACCACAAGCUUUACUUUUAUUUUUAUUUAAAAAGCAGAGAUCUGUGGAAGCCCACAUGUUUUGUUUUUCUCAGUAUGAAAUGAAAAACAAUUUCUCAUAAUUGUUAUUCAUUAUUUUAUGAUUAUGACUGAGUGCUUCAUUAUUAUAGGAACAUUUUGUAUUAUGAGAUAUCUCAUAAUUAUUUCUUAUUAUCAAGGUUUUUGUCAUUGUUGUUUGCCGUUGUUUUUCCCCCUCAUAAUUAUGAGAAAUUAUCUUAUAAUUGACAUGACAAAUAUGAUUACUAGUUAUGAAAAAGUUAUGAGUUCUCUGGACAACUUGUUAAUAAUUAUGUGAUACUAAUUAUGAAAAACUGUCAGUUUUACUCUUAUGAUUAUGAGGUAGUAACUUUAAUUAUGAGAAAAGUAUCUUAUAUGUAUGAUUUAGAAUCUCAUAAUCAUGGGAAAGUUUCUUAUAAUAAAAAAACCACACAUUUUGAGAUCAAUAAUUAUGAGAUAUUUAUUAUAUAUUAUGAGAUAUUAUCUUAUAAUUAUGGGCAACUUUGUCUUAACUUGUUAUUUAUGACUUAUCCAGUAAUUAUGACUUUAUUAUUAUUAUGACUAAUUAUGUGAUAAUAUCUGAUAAUAUGAUGUACUAUCUUAUGGUUGUAAUUUAGUACCUCAUAAUUAUGGAGAAAAUUAUGACCUACAGAGCAAAUGUAUGAUAUUUUAUCAAAUUAUUAAAGUAUAUCAUAAUUCUGCCGAAAUAUCUCAAAAUUAUGAUUUAAUAUUUCAAAAUUGUGGGAAAAUGUGUCAUAUUUAUCAGUCUCAUUUUCAAAUAAUUAUUUAUGAGUUAGAAACUUUAUAAUUGAACUGUCUCUCAUGCAAUAUAGCAAACAUGUUUGUAUGGCGUAUCUCAUAAUUAUAAUUUAGCAAUCUUAGAAUCAUAAGCUACUAAACCACGAGAUACUAAUAUAAUAUGAUUAUGAAAUGUUAUCACAUAAUUAGAGGAAACAAGUCAUAUUUCUUAGUUUCUCAAAAUGAUUUAUGAGUAGGAUCUAUAAAGAAAUGACAACGUCGGGUACAACGUGUUUAUAAUCCAGUACAUUACAUUGUACACCCGAAACAUUCCACACUCAUGAGUUUAUGUAUUUUGUUUUUAAAGAAAUGCGGCUCCAAAGUUUUACCGUGGUACUAAAAAACAAGUAAAACUAAGAAACAUCCCACUUGUUAUCACUUAUCUCUUCCAUUGCAUCUGGACGGAACAUGGACUCAUGUUGAGAUAUCUAACCAACUCAAACUGUUUGACUCUUAGCUGUUAUUGUUUCAAGGAUGAAAGCCAAACUAAUUAAGCAAAAAAUGAGAGAAUCUAAUAUUAAUCAAGCAAAAAUAAUCUUCAUUAUAACUACACAGUGAGUCGUUCCUGGGACAGAAGAGAUUUUAUACAUUUACCUGUUGUUCAGAUGGAUACAGUAUGAUGAGCAGCAGAUCAAGGGUUCACUGCCUUGCUCAAGGACACUUGGCUGGACACACACUGGCUGUUGGGACAUCAAGUUGUGCCAGAGGCACUUCUUCCAUGAAGCCAAUAGAAAGCGGGACAGCAGAGUUCACUGCAGAAAAUAUAAAUCAAACCAAAGGUUUAUUUUCUAGCCUUUUCCAGAGCUUUCAACCAUAGCACAUGAUAUUCAAGAUCAUGUGAUACGAUGGGUGGAUUUUGCUGAUGAAGACCAUGUAAUACGGAUGAUAGCUCCCCAAAAAUGUGUAAGAUUGUUUUAAUUUGUCUUGACAUAGUUGUCUCUCUAUAAUAACAUGGAGAUAAAUUGGAUUUCAUUUACGGUUCUUUUAAACCAGACUCAAAGUCUACAGUCACAACUGUGAGAGCUAAAUGCUAACAUCAGCAUGCUAACAUGCUCAUAACCACAAGCUCUGUAUGUAAACGGCAGACAGGGUCUUCUGAGGGUUAUUCACAGUAACAGGGGCAUGGUUUCUGUGAAGCUGUUGAUUUUUUUCCAAUCCCCUCCUUUGAGUGGAAGCAGACAUCUCUGACACAGCUAUCAGAAAACCAUCCCAAAAUAUUUGCUAUUUAACUUAUUUUAGGUUGUAAUCUUAACAUGGCUGUGUCAAUCAAACUACAGAAAAACAAACCCUUUUAGUUCAGAUCUGUUGCUCUGUGCACGCCUGUGUGGGGAUCUGUCGCCCCCUGGUGAAGGGACAUGGCAUUACACCUGUAAACAAGCGUGUCACUUGUUUGGCACAGAUCACAUCUGUGGUUCUUCUCAACAUGGCAUUCAGUAUAUUAAUGUGAAUGCAUAAUCUUUUCCUUUAAGGGUUUCUGAAACACAGUGGAACUACUCUAUCGGUAUACGUUGUCCCAAACUGAAAAUGAGGACUGAGCACAUUGAAUUGAGGUGCAGGUGCACUGGUGUACAUAGUAACAUGUAUGUACAAUAUCUCAUUAAUUUAUCUGCCAUGUUGUACAUGCAAUACAUACUAGUUUAUGGCUACAACAUGAAAUCAUUUCAGGAUACUCUUUUUGGAUAUGUUUCUCCAAAUGUUUUAAUCUUUUUCACUUUAACCUCUCUGUAAAACCUCUUGGAAAGUGAAGAACAUUUUCCUUUUUCUCUGGUAAUGUUGAAGAGUUAACAGUUGGCUCUGUUACUGUGGGUGCUAUGUACAGUAGAUGCCUCUCUCUUGAACUAAGGCUCCAAUAACACUGCAGCUGAAACUGUCUAAACUCCGUUCUUCUGCCAUGUGAUUUAGAAUAAGUCUUAGAACUUAACUACGAUUUGUGUUUUUAUUUUCAUAGCUUCAGCCAUUGGUUCUCUUGGUUUUGAUAGCACUGUACAUACUAAAAUUAUUUCUUAUGUUGUAAUGUUCCCAGAUCUCAUCAAUUACUUUUGGGGGCUACAAUGUUAUUAUUACUGAUAGGAAUAAUGGACAGAACUACAAAACCCAGGAUGUAACAAACUGUAGUUUUCCUUUAAGAACCAAACCCUGCAUGGAGUCCACGGGCGCGUCCAGUUCCACAUCGGCACAAUGUAGUUGAAUAGUAGUAUAAUAGAAUAGAACAGCCCUUUGCCUCCAGUAAAAUGAAGUGUUGCCAUGACACAGUUAACUCUGUUGAAGCAUAUAAAAGCAGGAAUUCCUGUUAAAGUGAACACAAUGUGCUUGUGUUAUUUUCUAUUUUCUUAUUGCUGACAAAUCCAAGGAAAAGAACAAAAGCAACUAUUGAACUGUGUCCCUCUUUCUGACUUCCCCACCAUGUCUGUCGCUCUCAGAUGGAACCAAAUGUAGACACACACACAGUUACUUUAUUUUGAUAAGCUGUUAUGUUACGAAGACUAUUGUACAUUCGCACUCACUCAAAAUGAAAACAUUGGUAGAGCUUCACGUACAUUAAAAAUUAUAUUCGGACCUACACUCAAAACAUUUGGAGCUUCCCUGAGAAAAUGACCUGGUGACAGGGAUGAAACUAGUCAUACUGGAAACAAAGUCUUUUUGUAUUGUUGCUUGGAAAGCUUGCAGUUAAAGGUUUUCUGUGGAGUUUUCAAACACUAGCAGUGCUAUGGAGUAAUGUUUUAUUAUCUGAUCUGUUUUGUUUGUAUCUCUCAACACAGGAUUCCCACUAUGGUGAGAAACAGUACAUGAAAAGUUUAAGUUAUAAUCCUUUCAGUUGCAAUGUGUAAGAUCUGCCAGAAUUUAAAUCUAAAACAUUAAAACAAUGAACUAACAUUA